UUACCUAUUUCCUUCGGACUUUUGAGGAACCUUGAAGAUCUAUCAUUAGCUGGACGUAGAGAAGAACUGCCAUCUAAAUCUUUCUUCUCAUUCUUUUCAUCAUGGGUUUCACCAAAAAGUGCGGGUUCUUCCACUUUCUUACCAGCGACGUUUUCUCAUUUAAGCUCAUUAACAAGGCUUAAUCUUCGUAACCGAAACUUGUGUAACAAGGACAUUUCCAUUGAUUUUGGGAGUUUCCCAUUACUUAAAGUUUUGAAUUUAAACGGAAACAAGUUCUGUAGCCUGCCAGUUGGAAUCAGCAAUCAUUCUAGCUUAACGAGACUGCAUUUGAGUGACUGCAAAAACCUUCAAUCAAUUCCAGAGCUUCCUCCAGAAUUACGUCAGUUUGAAGCAAAGCGGUGCACAUCGAUCGUUGAAUACCCAAAGCUAUCAAACACACCUAGAAAACUUUCCCAAUUCAUAAUAACUAACUGUAGCAACAGAAUUGACAUUGAGGAGUGGGAUCUUCCUCAAUUCUCACUUCCCCGGUGGUACUUCCACUGGACAGAUUCAAGGGUGAUUUUUAAGUCCAAGAAAAAGUAUUUGGAAGCUUGCGUCCCUGCUCGAGAGGUGCCAGAUUGGUGCGACUACAAAGCAACGGGAUCCUCAUCAGUGUUGUUUUGUAUGCCUUCACUUGCAUCAGGUGAAAGACGAGGUAUGAUUUUGUGGGUUGUCUGCGGGAUCAAUGAAGAAUAUUACUAUAAUGGAAGCAGCACUUCUGCUGCCUUUACUAUAUUAUUUAGAAAUAAAACAAAGGGCUGUGAGGCUUUUGAUGAGCCAGUGCCCGAAUAUGACGGGGGGAUUGAUGAAGAUCAUGCAUGGGUAGCUUAUCUGCGAUACUUCAUUUUUGAGGAUAUAAACGCGGAUGAAGGAGAUGAAAUUGAAGUUUCAUUUGAGGCGCAAGGUAGAUGUCUUGUCAAGAAAUGGGGUAUCCAUCUUCCAAUUGAUCGAGUUGACGGCAUCUGCUGAAAAGCUCUAUUCCGCUAGGUUAGGUAGAGCUUUCUUUUUGAUUCAAUAAAAAAAACAAAAGAAAAGAAAGGAAGAGAUUAGUAGGAAGCUUGUAAUGGUUCGGAGACCUUUCCCAUUUAUGCCAUUUUCUUUCAAUUGAGAGA